CAGUCACUUCCUGAGCAGUAAUCUGCCUGCCUGCAGCAGAUAGAUCCUCAUUGUUUGCUACUUCCAGUUUCCAGUAGUGGGAAUGAUUACUGGACCAAUCUCUAGCCUGUCUGUAGGGCUCGGGUCUUGAGACAACAUACCCACUCUUACAACAUCUUCUACAGGAAACCCUGGAUUUUCAUUUCAAAGCAGAAACUUAAAACUUGGUCAUGACUGAAGGUCUUUGAAGAACGGAAGGAUCAAGAACUAAUGACUGUUCCUUCAUUUGGGAGUUAUCUAUCCUCAUUCCAAUGACGAGAUGUAUUGUGUUUUGCUGUUGAUCCUCUUACAUUGCUGCAAGCUACAAGCUCAGGAGAAUGUGUUCACCAUCAAUAAAGUCACACUGCGUGCUGAUCCUUCUAACCAAGUGCAGAAUGGAAGGCAAAUCACCCUCAAGUGUUCUGCGGAUAUCAGCAAGAGUUACCAUUUCCAGUUGAAUUACACCUUUUCAUUUUCUAAGUCCGACAAAAUACUGUUCAACAGCACAUCAGAUAAAGAAGAAGCACAAUACACCAUCUUGAAGGCUAGGUAUUCUGAUUCAGGACAGUAUGAGUGUUCAUUGAGAGUUGAAGGAAAAGUUAAGUCCAGUGAACCUGUGACUAUUACAGUUAAAGGAAUAAUGAAACCACAGCUGACGGUCCAGAAAGCGGAAGUGAUGGAAGGUGAAAAAGUGUCUUUACGCUGUGAAAUUCCAGAAGAAGAUCCUCCCUUUUAUUUCACUAUUUUUAAAAUCCCACAUUCUUCAAAUCCACUUAAAAAAAAUAAGUCACGGGAAGCAGUGUCUAAAAACUUCGCUGAGUUUGAAUUCCCCAUUGAUGCAGGGGACAAAAUUCUGCACUUUGAAUGUACUGUUGGAAUGGCUUCCAUGAGGGGAAUUGAGACAUCUGAACCCAGUAACAAAGUAUUGGUGACUGUCAUAGAACCGUUUUCCAUUCCUAAAAUAACCAUUCAGCCACCACAGAAUAUCACAGAAGGAGAUAGAAUUGAUAUAAAAUGUACAACUGUCUUGGCCCCCCAGAGUCCGAUUGAAAUUAUCAUCCAGAAGGAUAAGACAAUCCUUAACAGCACAAAAGGAAAAGAGACAGCGACAUACUCCAAAAUAGCCACCAUGGAGGACAAUGGUGAUUAUACAUGCAAAGCAGAAUUGGGGAGCGUGUCCAAAAUCAACACAGUAAAUGUGGCAGUGGCUGAACUGUUUUCCAAACCAAAAAUGGUUCGUGACAAAACACAUUUUGAUGAAAACUCCAGGUUCCAAGUUCAGUGCCGGGUUAAUGGCCCACUACCGAUAAAGGUCUCACUCAUGAAGAAUGGCAAAGUGUUGGUCAACGGAAGUAAUUAUUCUAAAAAAGCUGAGGUAGCUGACAGUGGAAACUAUGUAUGCAAGGCUGAAGCCAAAGGGAUUGUUAAGCAAAGUGAUCCAGUAUUGCUUGAAGUUUAUGCUCCCGUUUCCCGGCCAGUCCUUUACCAACCAGUUUCGCAAGUUGCAGUGCUGGGGAAGCAUUUUGUUCUGUACUGCAGUUCCCUAUAUGGAACUCCGCCUAUCACUUAUACUCUGUACCAAGGGAACAUAACGAUUAAGAAUGAAAUGAUAGGACAAAGUAAUCUCACAGCAAAGUUUGAGGUCCAAGCAACUACUAGGCACCCACCACAAGAAUACUGGUGUACGGCUAAAAAUGGCCACUCCGUAGCCCAACGAAGCCGUGCUCUAAAUAUCACAGUGAUAGCUCCAGUCGUCAACAUAACACUCACAAAACAACCAGACGGGGAUGUAGAAGAUGGUGGAGACUUUGUCCUUUUCUGUGAAGUCCAUUCUGGAUCUUUUCCGAUUGAGUUCACCUUUUUUAGAGAAAACCAGGUGACAUUUUUAUAUAAGAAGAAGGUGAAUGAAAACAAAGCUCAUUGGCACAAGACAGGACUCACAAGUCAAGAUGGAGGGAAGUACUUUUGCAGAGCUGAUAACCAAGCAAAGUUAUCUCUAAAGAGCAACACCGUCACGGUCAGCAUUAUUUUGGCUUCAUGGAAGAAAAUGCUCAUAGUGACAAUUAUCAUGCUCCUGCUUCUUGGUGCUGCCAUUGCGAUAGCCCUCAGGUGGUGGUGUCGUAAGAAGGCAAAAGCCAGAGGUGAUUUUGUGGAGUUGGACAGAAAACAAGCAACCAUUUCAACAAGCGAGAAGCUGACGUCAGGACAGAAUAAUGAAGGGGAAUUCUAUUAUGGGUCAGAUUAUAAUGAAGAUGGUGAAAAAAAUCAUAUAGACUCCAAUGAGAACAAUACAGGACCUGACCUUGAGAACGCUGAGGUGGAAUAUACUGAAGUGGAAGUCUCGGUUCCUGAUCCUUACAGAGCUCCUGUGACAAAGAAGAAUGAGACAGUUUAUACUGAAAUCAGAAAAGCAAUUAAUGAUGCUGGAGAAAACAGACAUUCCAGAAUAGCAGUCUCUCCUGAUGAAACUUAGAAAAUCCGAGAAGAAACAUCAAUGAAAAGAAGAUGGAAGAUAUUCUACCAGGUCUAAAUGUUCGGCAGCACUUAGGUGCUUUCAGAAAUCCUGUUUUGCUCGAGCUACUGGUAACCCCUGUGGGGUGAACGUAACCUCUCUACAGGAUCUACCCAUUUAUAUUGCUGUUCUGCCAUAGCAGCCUUAUGAUAUACUCUCCGGAUUUUGUUGUUGUUCUAUAUUUGCUUUAAUAUCACACUAGACAACAAAGUGUCUACGUAUGAUAACUUGUUUGCCAUCUUUUUUGUGGUGUGCUUUUAAAAAUUCUCCGAAUGGUUAUGGAGAGAUGUUCAGACUUCCAAAAUGUGAAGCACUAUAGGGCCACUUCCCUACAGUCCCUGAGGACUACGCGCCAUUCCAGAUAUUGAUCUGCUAGCCAAAAUGCUUGCAAAAUGUUGGAGCUGUUAAAUACUUCCCAAAAGUGAGGAGUGUUUUUUCUGUACAUUCUGUCACAGAAGCAAACCCCCUGAUGUGCAAUGUUAGCAUUAAUGUCUAAAAUUUGACAUAAUUUUUGCAUCAUCCAUGGGGUGGCUGGAUGC